AGUCCCGAAAAGGGGCACUUUCCAGCAGCUGUGGCCAGCGGUGCCGACGUCAGGCCCUCCCCCAGCGGUGCUGACGUCGGCGGCCCGGCCAGGUGACCUCAUCGCCCCGACGGCAGCCGGCCCGGGGGGCGGGGAGAGGCGGGGGCGGCCCCCGCGCAGGCAAAGGCUUGGGGGGCCGGGGCGCGGCCGUGCAGCUCUCGCCGGAGCGGAGUCCAGCCGAGCGCCCGCCGCUGCCCGUGCGCCUCUGCGCCUCCGCGCCAUGGCCGGCCUCAACUCCCUGGAGGCGGUGAAACGCAAGAUCCAGGCCCUGCAGCAGCAGGCGGACGAGGCGGAAGACCGCGCGCAGGGCCUGCAGCGGGAGCUGGACGGCGAGCGCGAGCGGCGCGAGAAAGCUGAAGGUGAUGUGGCCGCCCUCAACCGACGCAUCCAGCUCGUUGAGGAGGAGUUGGACAGGGCUCAGGAACGACUGGCCACGGCCCUGCAGAAGCUGGAGGAGGCAGAAAAGGCUGCAGAUGAGAGUGAGAGAGGAAUGAAGGUGAUAGAAAACCGGGCCAUGAAGGAUGAGGAGAAGAUGGAAAUUCAGGAGAUGCAGCUCAAAGAGGCCAAGCACAUUGCGGAAGAGGCUGACCGCAAAUACGAGGAGGUAGCUCGUAAGCUGGUCAUCCUGGAGGGUGAGCUGGAGAGGGCAGAGGAGCGUGCGGAGGUGUCUGAACUAAAAUGUGGUGACCUGGAAGAAGAACUCAAGAAUGUUACUAACAACCUGAAAUCUCUGGAGGCUGCGUCUGAAAAGUAUUCUGAAAAGGAGGACAAAUAUGAAGAAGAAAUUAAACUUCUGUCUGACAAACUGAAAGAGGCUGAGACCCGUGCUGAAUUUGCAGAGAGAACGGUUGCAAAACUGGAAAAGACAAUUGAUGACCUGGAAGAGAAACUUGCCCAGGCCAAAGAAGAGAACGUGGGCUUACAUCAGACACUGGAUCAGACACUAAACGAACUUAACUGUAUAUAAGCAAAACAGAAGAGUCUUGUUCCAACAGAAACUCCGGAGCUCCGUGGGUCUUUCUUUUCUCUUGUAUGAAGUUCCUUUUGUUAUUGCCAUCUUCGCUUUGCUGGAAAUCUCAAGCAGAUUAUGAAUACAUGACCAAAUAUUUUGUAUCGGAGAAGCUUUGAGCACCAGUUAAAUCUCAUUCCUUCCCUUUUUUUUUCAAAUGGCACCAGCUUUUUCAGCUCUCUUAUUUCUUCCUUGAGUUGCAUUUAUUCCUAAGGUAGGCAGGGUAUUUCCUAGUAAGCAUACUUUCUUAAGACAGAGGCCAUUUGGUUCCUGGGAGAGUAGGCAGCCCCACACUUUGAAGAACACAGACCCCAAUAUCUAGUCGUGGAUAUAAUUAAAACACUGAAGAGCAUAACCUUUUGGGUCAACUGUUGGUCAAACUAUAGGGACCAUCACAUGGGUAGGGAUUUUCCAUCCAAAGCCAAUAAAAGGGCUGGUGGGGGCCGGGGGUGGCUAUUGUGGGAAGUCAUAACCCACAGAUAGAUUAACCUAAGAAUCCUGGCCCUUCUCCACACUCCACCAUGCAGAACAAACAUCCUCUCAAGCAGUCAAGGUAGAAUGCUUGGGUAAUAGUCAUAAUUACCCACAUAUAGUAAUUAAUAGAUGGUAAUUAAUAGAUCCUUGAUGUGAUGUUCUUUUGCAUAUUUCCUUUAUUCUAAAGUUGUUCUCUGGCCGGGCGCGGUGGCUUUCGCCUGUAAUCCCAACACUUUGGGAGGCCAGAUCACUUGAGGUCAGGAGUUUGAGACCAGCCCAGCCAACAUGGCGAAACCCUGUCUCUACUAAAAAUACAAAAAUUAUGGUGACGCCUGCCUGUAGUCUCAUCUACUCGGGAGGCUGAGGCAGGAGGAUCACUUGAACCCAGGAAGUGGAGGUUGCAGUGAGCCGAGAUCGCACCACUACGCUCCAGCCUGGUCAACAGAGUGAGACUCCAUCUCAAGAAAAAAAAUAAAAUAAAAAUAAAGUUGUUCUCUGAAGAGCAAAUGUCUCAUUCCAGUAAUGACCCACUCAGCCGGAAUAUGGUGGAGUUCAGUCCAAUUCAGGUCAGCCAUAUCCAAAAGACUACAAGUCAUUCGUGAGGUGAGCAAAAGAGUUCCUAUCUAUUAGCAGAAAGGGCCUCUCUAGCAGCAGAGAUUAAAAAUUGGCCCAACUUCAUUUCCAUACUUCAGAGAAUAGCAAAUUGAAGAUUUACUUAUCUAGGACUUGAAUUCCUUCUUUGGGACCAAGUUAAUAAAACACCAAGAAACUCCUGAUUAAACUGGAUAAUGAAGGAUUCUGUAGACAGGGCUGCACGUAUCGGCUUUAUUUGACUUCUCUUUUCUCAGUUAACAUCUCAGAGCUGGAACAUUCCACAUUCCCCAGCAGCGUGUGGGGGUCGACUAAAGUUUACAAUUCCGACUAAAAAUCACCCUGCAUCUGGCUUAUCUGAAUCCCUUACCCACCCCACCACCCCACUCCUAUUUAU